GACAACGGAAGGGAGUUUACCAGCAGCGUGAUUAAGGAGUGUGUCGCUAUGUGGCCGCAACUCAAAAUCGUCCACGGGAAGCCGCGUCAUUCGCAAUCGCAGGGCUCAGUCGGAAGAGCUAAUAGGACCGUACAAGAAAAACUGUCGGCGUGGAUGAGAGAAAACGGAACAAAAACCUGGUCUGAGGGUCUACGAUUCGUCCAAUGGCAAAUCAACAGCCAGGUUCGCGACGGCGAUCGGUGUCCGUGCCAAGAGGCCCGACCCGAGCCGCGGUUGGUCGCCGAGAGACGACUUGCCCAGCAGCAGCAGAGAAAGCAGGCCGAAUGCAUGGUAAAGAGGGCGCGCUCAAGCUCCACGGCCAUCAACGUCGGCGACAACGUGACCGUGGGCAUCCCCGAUGUCGACCGUUCUCGUAUCGAGCAUCGAAACCUCAUCUGCGUGGUUCUUGAGGUAACUGAUGACGGCUUCAUUCUGGGCUGCCGCCAUGGACGGCUGGGUCUGUACACCAGAAACCAAAUGGAGCCCUGCCGGGAAAAGCACCUGUCGUCGGAUGAAGUUCCCCAGCGGGACACCACUGUCCGGGAAGCGGCCCGGAUGCAGUCCGGCGGAAAAGGGCAGGGAUUUUUAAAAUGUAUGUGCUCGAAGCUGUGUAAAGGGAAGUGUGUGUGCGCGGCGUCCCCUCAGCAGCAGGUGACCGGUCCUGUUGCGGUAGCAGCGGCCCUGUCGGACGGACCUCUGGGCGGAGCGGCGUCCCCUCAGCCGGCAGCGGCCCUGUCGGACGGACCUCUCCUGGCCGCAGCGGCAUCCCCUCAGCAGCAGGUGACCGGUCCUGUUGCGGCAGCAGCGGCCCUGUCGGACGGACCUCUGGGCGGAGCGGCGUCCCCUCAGCAGCAGGUGACCGGUCCUGUUGCGGCAGCAGCGGCCCUGUCGGACGGACCUCUGGGCGGAGCGGCGUCCCCUCAGCCGGCAGCGGCCCUGUCGGACGGACCUCUCCUGGUCGCAGCGGCGUCCCCUCAGCAGCAGGUGACCGGUCCUGUUGCGGCAGCAGCGGCCCUGUCGGACGGACCUCUGGGCGGAGCGGCGUCCCCUCAGCCGGCAGCGGCCCUGUCGGACGGACCUCUCCUGGCCGCAGCGGCGUCCCCUCAGCAGCAGGUGACCGGUCCUGUUGCGGCAGCAGCGGCCCUGUCGGACGGACCUCUGGGCGGAGUGGCGUCCCCUCAGCCGGCAGCGGCCCUGUCGGACGGACCUCUCCUGGCCGCAGCGGCAUCCCCUCAGCAGCAGGUGACCGGUCCUGUUGCGGCAGCAGCAGCCCUGUCGGACGGACCUCUGGGCGGAGCGGCGUCCCCUCAGCCGGCAGCGGCCCUGUCGGACGGACCUCUCCUGGUCGCAGCGGCGUCCCCUCAGCAGCAGGUGACCGGUCCUGUUGCGGCAGCAGCGGCCCUGUCGAGCGGACCUCUCCUGGCCGCAGCGGCGUCCCCUCAGCAGCAGGUGACCGGUCCUGUUGCGGCACCAGCGGCCCUGUCGGACGGACCUCUCCUGGCCGCAGCGGCGUCCCCUCAGCAGCAGGUGACCGGUCCUGUUGCGGCAGCAGCGGCGUCCCCUGUCGAGCGGACCUCUCCUGGCCGCAGCGGCGUCCCCUCAGCAGCAGCGGCGUCCCCUCAGCAGCAGGUGACCGGUCCUGUUGCGGCAGCAGCGGCCCUGUCGGACGGACCUCUCCUGGCCGCAGCGGCAUCCCCUCAGCAGCAGGUGACCGGUCCUGUUGCGGCAGCAGCGGCCCUGUCGGACGGACCUCUGGGCGGAGCGGCGUCCCCUCAGCCGGCAGCGGCCCUGUCGGACGGACCUCUCCUGGCCGCAGCGGCGUCUCCUCAGCAGCAGGUGACCGGACCUGUUGGGGCAGCAGCGGCCCUGUCGGACGGACCUCUCCUGGCCGCAGCGGCAUCCCCUCAGCAGCAGGUGACUGGUCCUGUUGCCGGAGCAGCGGCCCUGUCGGACGGACCUCUGGGCGGAGCGGCGUCCCCUCAGCCGGCAGCGGCCCUGUCGGACGGACCUCUCCUGGCCGCAGCAGCGUCCCCUCAGCAGCAGGUGACCGGUCCUGUCGCGGCGGAGGCGGCCCUGUCGAGCGGACCUCUCCUGGCCGCAGCGGCGUCCCCUCAGCAGCAGGUGACCGGUCCUGUCGCGGCGGAGGCGGCUCUGCCGGACGGACCUCUUCUCGGUGCAGUGGCAGUAUCUUAG